GUUUUUUAAUGGAGUAAAUUUGGAGUAAAGUAGUAUGGAGGUUAUGUGACGGGGCGUGGUGCAGACAGCCCACUGUAAACUACUGGAGUCUGUCCCAGGCGCGGAAGAGAAAGGCGGACACCAGUCCUCAUGCAGAACUGAGAAGAGGGACAGUGAGCAGGGACAACGGGGUUGGUUAUUUUGCAAAAUGGAGUCUCUUUCAGUGGCAAACACCAAUUUUGCACUUCACCUAUUCACCAAGAUCAAGGAAGGCAACAAAACCGGGAAUGUCUUCUACUCUCCUCUCAGCAUCUCUUCUGCGCUGGCCAUGGUGUCUCUCGGAGCUGCAGGCAACACAGCAACUCAGAUGUCUGAGGUCUUGUGCUUCAACAAACCAGUGAAGCCUAAGUCUGUUCAACCAGUAGCAGUCCAACAGGCACAGCAAUCUCAGAAGGUCCAGUUACCAUCGGCUUUACAAAAGGUUCUGCACCACAACAAAGCCAAGGACGACGUCCACGUCAGCUUCAACAAGCUGAUGGCCGAACUGAACAAAGCAGGAGCUCCGUAUGCCCUCAGCAUGGCCAAUAGGCUUUAUGGAGAGCAGACCUACAAAUUUGUGGAGAAAUUUCUGAAGGAGACAAAAACACACCACCAUGCUGAGCUGGAAACUGUUGACUUUAAAGCAAAUGCAGAAUCUGCACGGGUCAAUAUUAAUAACUGGGUGGAGAAGCAAACAAAAGAUAAGAUCAAGAACUUGCUGCAAAAAGGAAUUGUUGAUGAUUCGACCAGACUUGUCUUGGUGAAUGCCAUCUACUUCAAGGGCAGCUGGGAGAAGCAGUUUAAGGUUGACGCAACACAGGAGCUUCCUUUCAAGCUGAACAAGAAAGAAACUAAACCAGUGCAGAUGAUGAGUCAGAAGGCAAAGUUUCCCUUGGCCUUUAUUCCUGAUCUGCGGUGCAAGAUUCUUGAAAUGCCAUAUAAGGGCAUGGAGCUCAGCAUGCUAAUUAUGCUACCUGUUGAGAUUGAAGAUAACACUACUGGCCUUGAGAAGCUUGAGCACCAGCUCACUUAUGACAACUUCAUGGAGUGGACACGGCCUGAUAUGAUGGACACUGUGGAGGUGCAGGUGUCUUUGCCGCGAUUCAAACUGGAGGAAACCUAUGACAUGAAGGAGCUGCUCAUCAGCAUGGGCAUGGUAGAUGCCUUUGACAAGGGCAAGUGUGAUUUUUCACACAUGUCUCCUUGCGAUGACCUGGUGCUCUCCAAGGUGGUGCAUAAGUCUUUUGUAGAAGUGAAUGAGGAAGGCACUGAAGCAGCUGCAGCCACCGCGGCCAUCAUGGUGAUGCGUUGUGCCAUGCUUCCCCCAGAGCGCUUUGUGGCAGACCACCCCUUCCUCUUUUUCAUUCAACACAAACCAACCCGAAGCAUUCUCUUUUGUGGACGUUACAGCGCUCCUUAAAUUGCCCGAUGCUCUGAAGUGCAAUUAUAACUCUAUGCAGUCAUUUGAUGUCAUAACUAAAUAAGUGUGCACUGACUAAACAUGUUUAGCUUAAAAUAUGCAAAUAUAUUUCUGUACUCUG